CCACUCGCUUUCUACCUUCUCACUCACGACACGGAACCCUGACUCAGUGCGUGAAGGGGAUGAGGCUGACAGUGAGAAACUCAGUCGUCCUUCACCAGUCAUUUGAAUCCAGUAUCGUCCCAGUUAAUUCAGCUAAGCUCGGGAAGAAAUGGAUGGAGUAUCAAGGUCUCAACAACUGGGACGGCUUGCUUGAUCCUCUCGACGACACUCUCCGAAACGAGAUUCUCCGAUACGGCAAGUUUGUGGAAGCUGCGUAUCGCUCCUUCGACUUCGACCCCGAUUCUCCCACCUACGCCACCUGCAAAUUUUCCCGAAAUUCUUUGCUGAAACGCUCUGAAAUCGGGUAUACCGGCUACAAGCUCACCAAAAAUUUACAUGCCACCUGUGGGGUGCGCCUGCCACGCUGGGUUGAUAGGACUCCUGCUUGGAUGUCCACUCAGUCCUGCUGGAUUGGUUACGUGGCAGUAUGCCAGGACAAGGAAGAGAUCGCCCGAUUGGGACGCCGUGACGUCGUCAUUGCUUUCAGAGGCACCGCCACGGGUAUGGAGUGGGUUGAGAAUCUACGCGCCACCCUCACCUCCUUGGUGGGUUCCACUAACAACGGCGGCCCCAUGGUGGAGAGUGGCUUUUGGAGUCUUUACACCUCCAAGCUACCCACGUGUCCGAGCCUGCAGGAGAUGGUGAGGGACGAAAUUGGGAGGGUCAUCAGAUUGUACGGCGAUGAACCGCUCAGCAUCACGAUCACCGGGCACAGCCUCGGCGCUGCCCUGGCCACUCUCUCGGCCUACGACAUCGCCACCACUUUCGACCACGCGCCGAUGGUGACGGUGGUUUCCUUUGGUGGGCCUCGUGUCGGGAAUACGAGCUUCCGGUGCCAGAUGGAGAAGAGUGGAACCAAGAUACUUCGGAUUGUGAACUCCGAUGACGUCAUCACCAAGGUUCCGGGCUUCGUGAUUGACAACAAUGACAUGGCUGUCCAGGCGGCAGGGCUGCCAAGCUGGCUGCGGAAGCCCGUGGAGGCCAUGCAGUUGGGGUAUGCUGACGUGGGGCAGGAGCUGAGACUGAGCAGCAGAGAGUCGCCGUACCUGAAUAAAAACAAUGUUGCAGCGUGUCACGAUCUGAAGACGUACCUUCACUUAGUGAACGGUUUUGUGAGCUCCACGUGUCCUUUCAGAGCAACGGCGACGAGGAUGCUGGAAAGGCAAAGUAGAGAAAAAGCUUUUAUUUGAGUUGAGCUGUGCAGUUUAAUUGGUACACGUGUCACAUAAAUGUAUAUAACAUUGCAGAGGAAUGAGGAUGUGUUCCAUACGAUUUUUUUGCGUUGGGCAUAUUCG